CAACAAAUGCCGAUCUAUGCCAGGAGGAAAUGCUCAGAAGCCUUAGAGUAUUACUGCUUUGCCCAUGCACGCUAAUAUUAUUAUGGCUCAUGGAGCUCCCUUACUCUCGCCGUCCACCAGAGCGCCGACGACCAAUUGGUGGGAGAAUAUGCGCCCAAACCCCUUCCCGUGGCCGCCUCAAUCGCCACCACCCAUCCACCACCUCCCGUCGUCCUCCUACGACGAGACGUCCAUCUCCAACCCCACCGCCAGCCGCUGCACGGUCCUCAGCUUGGACUCCUGCUCCGGCGACGAGCCGGAAGACAACCACCACAUGUGGAGCCACCUUCUACUAAAUGGAGAGGCACCCAAUAGCCAAGAUGAUGCAGAAAGCUUCAUGGAAGUACUGAGCUCCAAAAAGUUCUCAGCUGAUCAAUUUGAGCCUACUACAUGCCAUACCUUGAUGCAUCCUUCCUCACAGUUCAACUUCUUGGAGAUACAACUCAACAGCUAUAAGAAUAACAACAUUAGCAAUCAUAUCCAAGAACAUCAUCUCGCUCCUUCCAUGACUAAUAGUUACAUGCAAUCUGAUACUUCUCAUGUCAAACAUAAGCUCAAUUAUCCAGUUUCACAAUUGUUUCCUAGCAAUCUGCUUCUAGGAGAAAGCACUACAAGUGAAUCGGUGUUGGAUCAUCCCUGCUUCAGCCAAAGAAAUUUGUCGGAUCAAAUGUCAUUUGGUGGAUGCCUGAACAAGCUAGAUGCGAUGGAGUUGAGAACUUCAGAGCCUUUUUUUAAAGGCUCAGAUUUGGGUGCUGAAACUAAGCAAGGAUAUCAGAAUUUAUCUAUGAGAGGAAAUGGAAGGUGUGCUGGAACAAACCAAGGGAAGAGGAAAAGAUAUGAAGACAGCUCAGAGAUGCACUUCAAGAAGACCAAGAAUGAUAGCCAGAUGAUAUCAUCUAACAAGUUGCUAGUGCCCAAGGCGAAAAUGGCAGAAAAGAUAAGUGCUCUCCAACAACUUGUGUCGCCAUUUGGAAAGACUGAUCAAGCAUCUGUGCUGAUGGAAACCAUAAAUUGUAUCACAAUUUUACAAAAGCAAGUACAGUUGCUUAGUGACCCAUAUCUGAAAUCUACUGUCAGCAAGGAACGCAAUUCAUGGGGAGAAACUGAGAGGAAGGAGAAAGCAGAGGCAAAAUAUGAUUUGAGGAGUAAAGGUCUAUGCUUGGUUCCUGUUGCUUCCAUUCCUCAAGUGCAUAGAGAGAGUAUUAGACCUGAUUACUGGAUGCCAACAUUGAGAGGUUGUUUCUUGUAGAUGUUUAUUCAAGAGACUGCAAUUUAGAAUCAAUAAAUUGGAUCUUAAUUUCCACGCAUUAAUUUACUAACUAUGUGGAUACUUUGAGUUGGUUUUUUGGUACAAUGUUGGUUUGUGCGUGUGCAUCCAAUUUAUGGCUAUAAUGUGAUGUAUUGUGAUCAGUUUUGGUUGUUGAGAAAUAU